AUCGUAUCGAUCAGCUAGUCAUGGAUCCCACCAGUGCCAUACACGUCCAAAUGCCUCUAACCCAAGAAGAAGAAUCAACACUCCCUCAAGGCACAACAAAGCCUUCACGGCCGAUCGACAAGACGCUGUCGGGCGCGUCGGACCUCCUGAAGCUGCUGCCGACGGGAACGGUGCUGGCAUUCCAGGCGCUGGCACCGUCCUUCACAAACCACGGCGUCUGCCACACAACGGCCAACAGGUACCUGGUCCUGGCGCUCAUCAGCACCUGCGCCGUCUCCUGCGUGCUCCUCUCCUUCACGGACAGCCUCGUCAGCCGCGGGGACGGCAGGCUCUACUACGGCCUGGCCACGUUCCGGGGCUUCUACCCUUUCAACUUCGCCGGCAGCGCCGCCGAGCGAGGCGCCAUGUUCAAGGACGUGGCGAAGUUUCGGAUCACGGCGCUUGACUUCGUCCAUGCGGUCUUCUCCGCGGUGGUGUUCCUGGCGGUGGCCGCCUCCGACGCCAGCGUACAGAGCUGUCUUUUCCCUGAUGCCGGGGCGGGCGUGAGGGAGCUCCUGGUGAACCUGCCGCUUGGGGCGGGAUUCCUUUCCAGCGUGGUGUUCAUCGUCUUUCCCACCACCAGGAAGAGCAUCGGCUAUACGGACAUGACACCACACACCCACUCGCACUGA